AGAUUUAAAAUAAAAAAUAAAAAUUUUCAAAAUAAAUUGAUCGAUUGUAUCGCGAUAUUUGAUCGAUGAUGAUAGCAGUGGUCACGUGACCAACCAAUAUAAUGGCUUUUGUUGUUUUGAUUUUAAGUUUUAUGAAAAUUUUACAUUUUUUUUUGUUUAUUGAAAAUAUGAAGACGUGAAUAUAAAUCAUCAAUCAUCAAUAAUAAUUAUUGUCAAAAUUGUGACUAAUUUCCUGAUAAUAAUAAUCGUAAUGUAGCUUAACGUUGAGCAUUAUUGAGUUAAAAAAAUUUGAUUCAAUUUCAAAUGUUUGCACAUGUGGCAACAACAACAACAACAACGAUAAUCGAUGAUGAUAAUGAUUGAUUCAACAAUGUCCACAUUUAAUGAAGCCAUAAUUAAUAAUGAUGAUGAUGGUGGUGGCGUUGUUGAAUCAAAAUUACAAUCAUCUUCAUUAUCGACAACGAUGAAAAUGGCUGUCACUAAUAAUCAUAAUAAUAAUAAUAAUCAACAGCAACAAACGAUGAAUUUGAAUGAAAAUCCUGGUAUAUCGAAAUUGAAUCAAUUGGCCGAAAAUUGGUUAGAAUUGGAAUCGGAUCCUGGAUUAUUCACAUUGUUGAUUCGUGAUUUUGGCUGUCUUGGUGUUGAAGUCGAAGAAAUAUAUGAUUUACAAUCAUCAUUCGAUAAUAUGGAUCAUGUUUAUGGUUUUAUAUUUUUAUUCAAUGUAAUUGAAGAACGUCGAAAUCGUUGUAGUCGUGGAAAUUCAAUUAUUAUGCCAUCAAUGGCUUCGACAACAACAAUACAAUCAAUUUCACAUCUGACGACAACGGCGGCGGCGACGACAACAACAACAACAACAACAUCGACAACGAUGACAACAACAAAAGUGAUGAAUGGCCUGAAUUAUCAAUCACCAAGCUGUUUAUUGAGCGGUGAUUUUAUUGAUGAUCCAAAAUUUCAAAGUGAAAUGUUUUUUGCACAUCAAAAAGUACCAAAUUCUUGUGCAACACAUGCCAUAUUGUCGGUAUUAUUGAACUGUUCACAACAAAUAGACAUUGGUCCAAUACUUAGAUAUCUUAAAGACUAUACAAUGGAUAUGACACCUGAAGAUAAAGGUUUAGCCAUUUCAAAUAUUGCCGAAUUAGCUAAAGCACAUAAUUCUCAUGCAACACAUUUGUAUUUGAAUAAUGAACGUGAACAACAUCAUAAUCAUACAACAAUGAACACGAUACGUAUUUCUCAACGUACCAAUACCAAUUCAACAAUGGAAGCAUUUCAUUUUGUAUCAUUUGUACCGAUUAAUGGUCAUUUAAUUGAAUUGGAUGGCCUAAAAGAACGUCCAAUCGAUCAUGGUCGAAUUGAUCCUUUGACUGAAUCAUGGACGGAAAAAUUUCGUCGUCUAGUUAGACAACGUAUUGAAACAUCGGCCGGAUCAGUGGUAGCUGGUGAUAUACGUUAUAAUCUAAUGGCUGUCAUACCGAAUAGAUAUCAAUGUCGACAACGAUUAUUAAACACAAUGGAAUUUAAUCGUUUAUCAUUAUUUAAAACUAUUCAUCUAAUGGAAUAUCAUCGUACUAUACAAAUGCGUUAUGAACAUAAUUAUUAUUCCAAUUUUGAUUAUCAAAAUUCUAUUGAUACCGUGAAUGGAAUACCACCGAAUUCAACAACAACGACAACAUUUCUACCAGAAAAUCCACUAAAAAGCCAAAUAAAACUGACUACCGAUUCAUUGAAAUUCAUCGUCAAUGAUGAUGAUGGUGUUGGUGGUGAUGGUGAUGGUAGUGGUGGUAGCACAACCACCGAUACAGCUUCCGAAGCUAGCUCUUCAUACAAUACUCAUCAUAAUGAUUAUGAUGAUGAUAAUAAUAAUAAAUCUAAAGAAUGUACAAAAUUUUUCAUCUGUAAAUUUGAUAAAAAUAAUGGUCAUAAUAAUCCGAUACUUGAUAGUGAUGAUGAUGAUGAUGAUGACGAUGACGACGAUGAUGAUGAUUAUUCAACAACAGCAAAUCUUGAUGAUAGUGAAAAUUCUGAUGAUGAAAUAACCGAAAUAAUGCAAGAUAUUAUUAAGAAAAUUAUCGUUUCAAUUGAUAUGACCACAACCACAGAACAGCCAAAAGAGGAGGAUUCUACUAAAAAUGAAUCAGAAUCUGAAUAUGAAACCAUUGAUAAUGAUAAUGAUGAUCAAAAAUGGAAAAAUUUACGACGAAAAAAUUUGAAAAGAAAAUUUCGAUUAAAAACUAGAAAGAAAAAAAGAAAAAAAUCAAAAGAUCAUCAUAAAGAAGAAAUUCAAUUAAUUGAUUCAAUUAUUAAAGAAAUUGGUCUCAAUUCUAAGCAACCAUUAUCAUCAUCAUUACCGAAUAAUAAUUUAAAGGCAACUGAUGAAUUGAAUUCAAAACAAUCAACAACAAUAUUACAGGACAUUAAUCGAUUAAUGUAUACAUUAAAUCAUCAAAUAUUACGUUGUCAACAUGAAUGUGUGGAGGAAAAAAAUAUACUUGAACGUUAUGCAAUGGAUGUUCAUCGUCGUACACAUGAUUAUGAUGAUUUAAUACAAACAUUUCUAUCAAUGUUAUCUGAUCAAGGAUUAUUGGAUAAUCUAUUUGAUCAUCAUAAUAAUAAUAGUAAUGAUGUUUGGUCAGAUUCAAAUCCUGACAAUAAUCAUUCAUCAUCAAUUUCGACAGAUUUGGCGCCAUCACCAUCAACACCAACACCAACGCCACCACUACAACGGUCAUCAUUACCAUUCGAAUCUGAUUCGAUUCGAAAUUCAGAAAAUCAUGCAACAGCAAAUCAUAAUUGUCAAAAUAAUAAUAAUGACAAUACAAUCGAUACGUUAUCGAUAAUGGACAAUUAUCUUGAUCAUUAUAGCCAAAAUCAAUGCGUUGUUUAUGAUGAUGGCAGUGUUUGUGCACCAUAUGAUGUUGAACUACAACAACAACGACAACAAUCACGAACAAAUGAUACAAUUGAACCAUUUAUUGAUAUGAAUGGCUCAAUUGUUGGAAAUUCAAUAAUAAUAUCAUCAAUAAUCAACGAUAAUGAUGAUAAUAUCGGUGAUGAUGAAAUUGAAAAUGAUGACUAUUGUACAGAAUGCUUCCAAUUGUGGUGA